GCUGAUUUUACACAAUUGGCUAAAAUCGGAUUAAAAUAAAUAAAGUUACGUAGGACUGGAUGUGAAUGCGCGUAUCGUGUUUUUGUUUUCUUACUUCACCGACACACACACAAAAUUAGAUAGAGUGCAUUACGUUAGGGUGGUUUUAAUUGGUUCGUCUAUCAGGUUUUCAUUUGCUUGGCACAAUUAUGUGUAUAUAUAUAUUAUAACAAUAUUAAUAUUAAUAAUAAUACUUUUUAAGCAUCAUCUAUUCGACCGUUAUACACAUAUGUGACCUUGCAAUCGAUUUUAGUUGUGUGUGUGUAAGCAUUCUUUCUCUAUGCAUGCACACGCAUACCAUACCGUUUUGUCUUGUUAUAUGUCUGGUUACUUUACCACCACCAGUCAGUAAAAUCAGUGGCACACACAUUUGUAACUCUCUGUACCUUUCACAUUCUUUUUGAAUGUUGUUGGUUGUAUAGAGUUUCAUUGAAUUGUUACCUACCUACCUACCUGCCUAACCCUGAAAUUGAUUUUAGAAUUCGAUUUUUAGUUUUCCGUUUCUUGUUCACACAUUUAUUAAUCAAAUAAUCAAGAAAACGUGAAGGAGCAUUAAUUCUCUUAUUAUCCUGUGAAACUUAUAUUUUUUGUUGCUGCACUUCUUUUGCGGAAAUAAUUUCUAUGAUCAGAUUGCUCCUGCUAUUAUUUACUGGAUCUUUAAAAUUACUUCUGGAUAUAUAAAAUUGUUCAUUCUACAAACACUUUCAUAGUGGAAUAAGUAUAUUUUAUUUUGAAUACAUGUAUGUAUAUUAUCACCUGCGCUUCAGCAGUGGUGACCAUAAUAAAUAUUGGAUAUACAAUCUGAUGUGACAAGAUGGAUUGUAUUUAAUUGUAUUUUCUUGAUAUCUCAAGUCCUUUAUAUAGAUAGCACAAUUAUGCCUGUUCUCGUUGGAACGCCUAGUGUGAUCCUUGUAUCACGUGUUCAGGUGUAUCAAACAUGUUCUGUUGAUCUAGCAUGGCAACGUGCAGUUCAUGCUUGUCAACGUUGUCCUAAAGCUAUUUUAACUACAAAUGCUGUUACACCUACUUUAAUAAGUCAAUCAGGUAAUGAACGUGCUACAUCGAGAUUCUGUCCUGCUGGUGUACACAUGAGUAAUUGUGUCCCAGCCUCAGAGAUAUUAGCUGCUACUGGUAAAUCUGUUAUUACUGGUACACAUUCAAUUUCACCUAGUAAUGAUACAAAUGGUGGAAUGUCUUCUACUCAUUUGUCAUGGGGACCACCUGAUUUACCACUUCCAGCAGCUAGUCCUAAUCAUCCUGUACAUGCUGCUCAUAUAGCAAGAUCUUCAUAUCCGCCUGCUUCAUCUCCGACUACUGUAGCAGCGUCAACUCCUUCAGUAAAAACAACCACAUCCACUGCUGUUCAUCAUUUUCAUCCUGUACAACGUUCAAAAAUAGUAGAUUCCAAGGGUGGAUCGGUUGAGAAAGUUAAUAAUACAGCCUCUGCAACUAUUAUUCCUACUUCAAGUCCUCCACCUGCUGAUAUAACAUUACCCAUAUCAUCAAAAACAGUUCCAAGUUUACCAAAUGAUUCUGCUACUGAGAAGCAGACAGUUGAUAUCACUAAAAAUAAUACAGAUUUAAUAAGUUGUAAUAACGUUGAACCAGAUAAACCACACUCUAAUGUAUCUUUUCAAGAUAAAGUAUCACUUGAAACCACUGAUAUUUCUUCUGGUUUUGAAAAUGAUUUGCCAUCAAACCAACUACGGACAGAAGGAUCUGGUGAAUCACGAACAAAUGAUGUAACGCAUACAAAUAAUAAAGCUAAAAAAGAAAAUGGCGUAAUCACUAUCCGUUCAAAAACUCUAUCGAACACUGAUAGUCAAGAGAAUGAAACAAAACUUUCUCGUGGCAACACUACAACACCAACAACAACAACAACUACUACUAAUCGACUCACAAAUCAUGAUACAGAUGAAGAAGAUAUAAUAAAUAAAGCUAAAACAAAUAAAGUUGUCCCUAUUAGAACAAAUGAUCGAAAUGGAUCAAAGCUUAAUAAUACUUCAGUAGUUACACCUACAUCAGACUACAACUAUCCUACUGAGAAUAAUAAACAAGCCGUAGAUGCAGCUUCACGUCAACAGCCUCGUGAAAGUCGUGAAAGCAGUAAACAUCGUGUUCAUUCUUCCCAAUCACAAAAUCUUAUACAUUCAGGUGGAGGAGGAGCUAUAGGCGAUACAACAUCACCGAUAACUAAGUCUAAUGUAUCUAAUCGAACAGAUAGUCUGCGUUCAGUAGUAUCUUCAGAUUCUAUCCCAUGUACACAGAAUAAACUAUCUACCACUACCACUACUGCUACUAUUACUCCUACUACCACUACUACUACUACUACUACUCCUUCUACUCUUCCUUCUCCAACCCUUUUGCGUAAAGCUUUACCAUCAUUUCACUUCCCUCUUGGUACUACUCGUAUGUCUAGUGAAGAGAUUAAUACAGAAUUGGAACGUAUUAAACGUGAAAUUAAUCAAUUUGUUGAUCCAUCACUUAAUACAGGAAAACAUUCUGAACAGUUAAUUCCUUAUUCAAACUUUGGACAAGUGGCAAAACUGCUAAACUGUCCACUCUACUGGAAACACGCUAUUUAUAUGAAUGCUGGUGGUACACCCGAUCGACAACCGGUAUCCUCAGCAAACUUAUUGAAAACAUGGUCACAUACAUUAAAUACUUGUCCAGAUGAAGCUUCGAAAUUUGUUCAUUUACUUACACGUGGACGUGCCACUUUCCUAAUACAAUCAGAUUUUAAUUCACUUAUUCAGGAUAUCUUAGAAAGUCAUCCUGGUUUAGCUUUCUUAGGUGUAGCUAAAGAUUUCCAUUCACGAUAUGUAGCGACUGUUGUAGCACGUAUCUUUUUCAAUGUAAAUAUUUCAUGGUCUGGUCGUAUAUCAUUGGGUGAAUUAAGACGAAGUAAUUUCCUAUCUGUAUUAGCCAGUCUUGAAGUUGAAGACGAUAUCAAUUUGGUGACUCAAUACUUUUCAUAUGAACAUUUCUAUGUUAUUUAUUGUAAAUUUUGGGAAUUAGAUGAAGAUCAUGAUUUAAUUAUAAGUCGUGGCGAUUUAGCACGACAUAAUAAUUAUGCUAUAUCGGAGCGUAUGAUUGACCGCAUAUUCAGUGGAGCUGUAACAAGAGGGACAGCUUUUAAAGAAGGUGUAAUGACCUAUCCAGAUUUUGUUUGGUUUCUACUGGCUGAAGAAGAUAAACGUCAUCCUAGAAGCAUUGAAUACUGGUUUCGAUGUAUGGAUUUAGACGGUGAUGGUGUCCUGUCAAUGUAUGAAUUAGAAUAUUUCUAUUCAGAACAAUUGGCUCGUAUGGAAGAAAUGGGUAUUGAACCGAUAUCAUUUGAAGAUUGUUUAUGCCAGUGUUUAGAUAUGGUGAAACCAGUUCUUGGAGAUAAAAUUCGUCUAUCUGAUAUGAAACAAUGCCGGUUAUGCCAUAUCUUUUUUGAUACAUUCUUUAAUUUACCUAAAUACUUACAACAUGAACAACGUGAUCCAUUCGCUAAUCUGAGAAAACUUCACUGUUUUAAUGAUAUUGAAGAAGGCCUUAAUGAAUUAUCUGAUUGGGAUCGAUAUGCUGCUGAAACCUAUGAAAUGCUGGUCAAUGUUGAAGGCGGAGGUAAUCAAGAAGAUGAAGUCGACGACGAUGAUGAGGAUGAUGAUGAAGAGGAUGGAGAUGAAGAUGGUGAUGAUGACGGUGCUGGUGGAGGUGGGGGUGGUGGUGGUGGUGGCACUGGUGGUGGAAGUGAUGAACAAGGCGAUUUAGCAGCUGCAACAACUACUAUCUCAUUGUCUAAUAAAAAUGAUAAACUAGGCGGGAAAGAUAAUACUGGAUCUUGUGCACUGGCUAAUAAACUUGAAACUGUUAGCAAUGAUUUAAUGGCGCUAGAGUCAGCUGUUGGAGCUGGGGAGUGAGUGAGUGAAUCGUCUGAAUAUUUUAAAAGAAAACUUUUGAAUCGGGAGAAAAAGUAAAGCACAAACGAGAAGCAUUAAUCAAUCAAUCAAUCAUAUCAACACUCGAAUUUCAAUUGAUGAUAUUUUGAUAUUAGUGUGAGAUGUGCAGUAUAAUUGUCGGUGUUUGACCUGUGAUCUAUCCAAAUCGAAGAACAACAACAACAACAAUCAUCAACCGAGUGAUGAAAAGAGUGACAAAAAUAACACACUGUUCUUUUGUUUUGUUUUUUCCCUUAUUAACAACGAUAAUUUUAUGAAGAGAGAGAGAGAAUAUCCAUCCACUCUACAAUUUUUUUCUCAUUUGUACAAAAUAAUACAAUACAUUUUUGAUUUUCUUCAGUUUCAAAAUACAAAAUUGGCUUUUACACACUCGCUUGUUUCAUUUCCAUAACUACUACUACUAUUCCCAUCAUCUUCUCGAAAUGUGUGUGUGCUGGUGUACAUGAGAGUGCUCAAAAUGUUUCAAAACCCCACCACCACCACCAACAACAACACUGUGCUAUUGUAUUUUGUCUGUGAUACAUAUAUAUAUACAUGUGUAUAUUUUCUUUUCCCCUGCUACCAUCUUUUUCUAUAUGGCUCUUGAGUUGUUUUCUCUCUCCUCCUCCACCACCUCUUCUUCUUUUUUAGUUCGAUUUACUUGUGUUAUCCAUGUGUGUUUUUAUUUUCAUUUUGGUGACAAAAUGUUAGUAGUUUUGUGAUUUUUAAAUACUAAGGUAGGUAGGUAGGCAGGUACACGGAAGAAUUGAAGUGUGGAAUAGUCUCAUAGCGCGCAACUCAUUUUCAUAGUCAAAGUAGGCGCAGUUAUUUGGGAUAGGUGAGAGUGUCUACAAAAAUAAUCGUGUGUUUUUACACACAAAAGAAACUUUUUACUGUUCUGUUGGGGCGCAUUACUGUGUGUAUAUCAGCUCUGUAUAUGUAUUUAAUUUCUAAGAAAUGAGGGAACAUAAUAAGUAACUUUUAACAAAAAAUGUUUAAAUGAUUUCUCCGCCACCCCCCCUCUUUCCCAGAUGUGAAAUAAUACCCCCACCCCACCCGCUAUCCCAUAGUCGGAGCUCGCCGACAACGUUUCCAUGGGAAGUCAAGUUUCACUUAUUCCUCUUUGUAAUUUUUUUCCUCCUUUUCUUCAGUCUUCCUGUAUCUUUUUCACAUUAUUCAUACCACUGUGUUUGUGUGUGUCAGUCUUAAAGCAUACAACGAUGCUGAACAGCGAAAUUUCGAGUGUAAAAACUAUGAAUCGAGUCGAAUUUUGUAUGUAUUAUAUCAAUACACAUAUUAUAUAUAUAUAUAUAUAUAUGUAUGCAGUUUAUACAAACAAACAUUCUCUCUCUUCUCUUCUCUUCCCACUCAUUGUUUAUUAACCAUAACUAAUGUGUGUAAGCAGCAUAGAAAUCUUUCAUCAGUUGUGUCCAUAUUACCUAAUUCAUCCAUCGUUUUUUUUUUUCUUAUUCGAUGUGUUGUGUGUUUGUUAUUCUGACACUUCGAUAAAGUACACUCACACUCUAUAUCAUCAUCAUCAAUCUGAAGAGAACUCAAUGCUCCUCCCUAUCUUUUUCUUUUUAAGAACCAAUUUUAACGAAUGUAUGCCACCAAUCCACGCUAUCCGUCCUGUUGAUUUAAUCACAGCACGGAUGACACACUUGUAACUCAUAUACACAAACAGGUUGAAAAUUUUGUGGUCUUUCCAAGAAGAAGCAGAAAGAAUUUUAUAACUAAGUAGUAGUCUUCCAUCGUUACUUUAUUCUCUUUCUUUCUCCCUCUCUGAUGUAACUGCUUUAUCACUAUUAUUACUAUUAUUAUUAUUUAUAAUUAUACACGGAAGCACAGUCAAUUAGUACAAAUUUCUGGUUCAAUUUGUAUUAAUUUUCAGAAAAGUAUGUAAUAUUAUUAUUAUUACUAUUGUAAUAACAGUUAUGACUUUCUUACAUCCUGCCUCGUUAAGAUAUCCAUAGGUUAAACUGUUUUUGAUGCGCUUUUAUUUUGAGGAAGAGGAAAUAAAAGAAGAAGAAAUACAGUGAAUAAUGACAAAAACCAUCCAGUUUU